GUGAGCGUCUCCGUGGGGCCCGGGUAUCGUGUUCGGUUGGCAAGGAAGAAAGGUACGGGAUCGACGUGCAUUUCACACCGGCAUGAAUAGUAUUGCGUAGAAAUUCAGUCGUGCGUAUGCGUGACCGGUUGCAUGGACGAAGCCGAAAGGGAAAAGAGGUGUGCGAGUGUGGCAGACAGAGCGGCGGCGGCGAGCGCGGGCAAACGGGUCGGCAUUGGUAGGUGUACGAUUAGCCGAAAACGCGCAGUCGCGCGUUGGUCCUGUCGGGUGGGAGGUGAUCAGCUGUGAACACGCGAGGAGCGAGAUGUUCGUCCUGCAGAGAUCUAUAUUAUCGCCCAGCAGCAGGAAUUGUGCAGGAUCAUGGGCACGAAUGCUUCCACCCACGCAUCCUGCUGCAAAGGAUGUUCAACACAGAGACAUACACGAGGUGUCCGGAGAUGUGAUACCUAUCAAUAUGGUAAAAGGUAUCGGUCAUCUAAGGGAUCCUCGACUUAACAAGGGUUUAGCAUUUACUCUGAAAGAGAGAAUAUCCUUGGGUAUACACGGUCUGCAGCCUCCUCGAUUUAAAACUCAGGAAGAACAGCUGGCCCUGUGCAAAGCUUCGGUAAUGAAAUACACCGAGGAUUUAAAUCGAUACCUCUAUCUGGUGGAAUUGCAGGAGAGAAACGAGAGAUUAUUUUUCCGUCUGUUGAGCGAAAACAUCGAACAAAUGAUGCCAAUUGUUUACACACCUACCGUUGGAUUGGCCUGUCAAAAGUUUGGCGUUAUUUAUCGUAGACCACGUGGAUUGUUCAUCACGAUAUACGAUAAGGGACACAUCUAUGAAAUCUUGAAUAAUUGGCCCGAGCAAGCAGUCCGAGCGAUCUGCGUAACCGAUGGCGAAAGAAUCCUGGGUCUUGGAGAUCUGGGUGCUUGUGGAAUGGGAAUUCCUGUAGGAAAAUUGGCCCUCUACACAGCUUUAGCAGGCAUUAAACCGUAUCAAUGCUUGCCAAUCACUAUCGACGUGGGCACCAAUAACGAACAGCUUCGAAAUGAUCCUCAUUACAUCGGUCUUAACAAACCUAGGAGUCAAGGAGCUGAAUACGAUGAGCUGAUCGAUGAGUUUAUGGCUGCUUGCGUUAGGAAAUAUGGUCAGAACGUUCUCAUCCAAUUCGAAGAUUUCGGCAAUCACAACGCGUUCCGUUUCCUGGACAAAUACCGAGACAAGUAUUGCACCUUCAACGACGACAUACAAGGCACCGCCGCCGUUGCGGUCGCCGGAAUUCUGGCUUCCAAACGAGUUACCAAGAAGAAGAUGUCCGACAAUAAGUUUGUGUUCCUUGGCGCUGGUGAGGCAGCGAUAGGAAUAGCCGACCUCUGCGUGAAAGCAAUGGAGGCGGACGGCUGCACGGAACAAGGAGCCCGCGACAACAUUUGGAUGAUGGAUAUCGACGGGUUGCUAGUAAAGAACCGACCCGAAGGUAACUUAGAAGGCCACAAGAUCUGGUACGCGAAAGAUCACAAAGUGAUGAAAUCGCUGCUGGAGGUGGUGAAGGAAGUGAAACCCACCGUUCUGAUUGGCGCGUCGGCAGCCGCGGGAGCGUUCACUCCUGAGGUGCUCAAAGAGAUGGCGAAGAACAAUGAAAGGCCGUUGAUCUUUGCGUUGAGCAAUCCGACCAGCAAGGCUGAGUGCACGGCGCAGCAGGCUUAUGAUUACACGGAUGGAAGAUGCAUUUUCUCAUCGGGAUCCCCAUUUGGAGAAGUGAAGUAUAACGGGAAAAUCUAUAAACCUGGACAAGGAAACAACGCGUACAUAUUCCCUGGAAUCGCGUUGGGUGUGAUCGCAACUGGUUGCCAUCACAUUACCGAGGAUCUGUUCCUCAUCUCGGCACAGGCUGUUGCCGAUCAUGUCAAGGACGAGGAUCUUGACAUGGGCAGUCUGUACCCACCGUUAAGUACCAUUCGCGAAUGUUCCAUCGAUAUUGCUGUUCGAAUUGCGAACUACGCUUAUGCGAAAACCGGAUUAGCCAGCGAGUAUCCAGAACCAAAAGACAAGCGUGCGUUUAUCAUGAGUAAAAUGUACGAUGCUAACUAUGACAGUCCACUGCCAAACGUUUACGACUGGCCAGGAGACUAUGCCAAGCCGCGUGUAUUGCCGGAGAACUGCAAUGAAAUAGACACAGUAGAAAUCCGCCACGAUUUAAAACAUCUGUAGCGGAUUUCGUCCAGCUGGAUAUACAGAGGCUAUCAUUAAAUAAAGUAAAAAAAAAAAAGUAAAAAAAAAGUAUCGUGUCCUGCAUUGACAGGUCGUGACACAAAAAGAAAGCAUCGGUGCGGUCGCAAUUUCUUUAGCUGUAAGGAAUUGUUACUCUUGUCAGUGACUAAUUUGCCAGUGCUUUUACGAUGUAACUUGCACGAAGUGUUGAAAGCACGAAACAGAACAGAAAGAGAUAACGAUGACAUAGUGCUAUUGUUACAGCAUCGAAUGUCGCAGUAAGCUAACAUUGCAGUAUUUUAAUGUCCUCCUUCAUCCCGUACGCAGUAUUAGGAAAUGCUAGUUUUAUCGUUCAGGAAUAAGUAUUAACCAUUGAAAGUAUUUAAAGAAAGUUUUAUGGAAUUGUUGUUUCAAUAACCAAUUGUGUUGUACAAAGCGAACGUUACUUCAUUGAUUGAAGUCCUAUCAUUUUAAAUACGUUUCUCCUCGUGGUCAAAGGCGUUUGUGAAUCUUUGCGAUUCGAACAAAUAAAGUUAACGAAUUUCACAAAGACUUGAUAUGUAAACGGAAGAACUUCUUUAUUUUCCAAAGUUUUCCCAUGAAAGUUUGGCAGAGUAGAAAUUUCUUGAUGUGUUUGAGAAUUCCUAGGUCUUGGCAUAAGUAGAAAUGGAGUUUGAAGGCAAAAUGGCAAUUGACACUUUGUAUGUGAAAUUUUUUAGUUCUCAAAUUUUUCACUUUUUUAGGUCCAAAAUUUUACUUGUCAAGGUUUGCUAGUUUUAAAAUUUUCCAAUUUAUAAAUUGUACAAUUCUGAAGUUCUCAAGUUUCCAAAUUUUCAAAUCCCAAUUCUACAAUUUCUGAGUUCCAAAAUUUUUAAUUUUGAACUUGAGAGAUCUCCAAAAUAUUAAAUUUAGUCCUCAGCCAAAGGUCUAAUUACGCCAAUCCCCAAAAAUAAAUCCCAAAAUUCCUCAAAAAUUCAAAUAUGAAAGGUGCACGCUUCAGCGCUUUACUUUGCAAACUCCAGAAAUUCUUUUCAAAGAAACUUAGAAAUUACACCAAUAAACAAUUCGUUGUCCACGCAAUUGGUAAUCGUAUCGAGCGCCAUCUUGAUUUCCCUUUACACAAUAAAAUCGCGUUACGGGUAAAAAUAUGUAAAUGUUCAAACUAUUUUCGAAUUCCACUUUUGAAACGUGUGGUUUUUAAAAUGUACUACUUUGUAUCUUGAGAUACCGUGGGAUCAUGAAGUAUUUGUUCCUAAGAUGAUCCUCGCAUAACGAAGAUCAUCGUUGUCGAAUCAAAUACGACCUAUUUUUCUCUACGUGUAAAAAGUGUCUAUUUUCGCGGGGACGUGUGAAACGUUCCCAUUCGGUGUUAAUAUCUCAUUCUAAAUAGGUUUGUAAUGGUAUGCAGAGUACGACAAAAUUCCUGGUAAUGGGAAAACGAUUGUGGAAUAUCGUUGAAUUUUUUUUUAAUUUUUGGAAUUUCAUCAAGUACGUGUGCUUACUUAUACAAAAUAAUUAAUGUAAUUUAAAUGAUUAAUAUAACAAUAUACUUUUAGUAAUCAAUGUAAUAAGGCAAUUUAAAAAAUUGAUAUAUAACAAAAUAAAUUUAGUAAUCAAUGUAACAAGGCAAUUUAAAAAAUUGAUAUAUAACAAACUAAUUUUAGUAACCAAUGUAACAAGGUAAUUUAAAUAAUUGAUAUAUAACAAAAUGAUUUUAAUA